ACACAGACCGGAAGUGUGUGUUUUAAACAGUCGCGUUUGGAGUGUUGUUUGUUUAUACGUUUCGUAUACAUUUUAAUCGCUUAUUUGUUACCUUUCGGCACUCAAAAUGGGUAAAAGACAGCAUCAAAAAGAUAAAAUGUACAUUACAUGUGCAGAGUACACGGAGUUUUACGGAGGAAAGAAAACAGUAAUACCUCAAGGCAAUUUCAGGCGACUGCCCUUUGAUCAUUGCAGUCUAUCUCUUCAGCCCUUUGAGUAUCCUAUGUGUACAGAAGAGGGAGUUGUGUUUGAUUUAAUGAGCAUAGUGCCCUGGAUUAAGAAGUAUGGCACCAACCCCAUUACUGGAGAGAAACUUGAAGCUAAGUCCCUCAUCAAGCUUAACUUCAGCAAGAACAAUGAUGGGAAGUACCACUGUCCUGUGCUGUACAACGUCUUCACAAACAACUCGCACAUUGUGGCCAACAAAGUCACAGGCAAUGUGUUCUCAUACGAGGCCGUUGAACAGCUUAACAUCAAGACAAAGAGUUACAAAGAUCUGCUAACUGAUGAACCCUUCAAACGGCAGGAUCUCAUCACGCUGCAGGAUCCGACAAAUCUGGAUAAAUUCAAUGUCUCCAACUUUUUCCAUGUUAAAAACAAUUUGAAAGUCCUUGACCCUGAUGAGGAGAAAGCCAAACAGGACCCAGCGUAUCAUCUGAAAAGCACCAAUCUAGAGACGAGAGAAACACUGGCAGAGCUUUACAGGGAUUAUAAAGGAGAUCAGCUGUUGGCUUCCACCAUGAAAGAGCCAGAAACCAAGAAAACCGACAAACUCAAUGCUGCUCACUAUUCCACAGGACGAGUUUCUGCCUCUUUCACAUCCACAGCUAUGGCUCCAGCCACCAUCCAUGAAGCAGAUGCUAUUGCCGAUGACGCCGUUCGAUACCAGUACGUUAAGAAGAAAGGCUACGUUCGCAUGCACACCAACAAAGGAGAUUUGAAUCUGGAGUUACAUUGCGAUAAGGUCCCUAAGGCUGGAGAAAACUUCAUUAAACUGUGCAAGAAAGGAUAUUACGACGGCACCGUCUUCCACCGGUCUAUUCGAAAUUUCAUGAUUCAAGGAGGAGACCCCACAGGCACGGGUACAGGCGGUGAAUCUUUUUGGGGGAAGCCGUUUAAGGAUGAGUUCAGACCCAAUCUGUCCCACACGGGUCGGGGGAUUCUGAGUAUGGCUAACUCGGGACCCAACACAAAUAAAUCCCAAUUCUUCAUAACAUUUCGCUCAUGCACAUACCUGGACCGGAAACAUACUGUGUUUGGAAGAGUGGUUGGUGGUUUUGAGACCCUGACGGCAAUGGAGAAUGUUGAAAGUGAUCCUAAGACAGACAAACCCAAGUCUGAGAUAAAGCUGCUGACUGCUUCAGUAUUCGUGGAUCCCUAUGAAGAAGCAGACGCACAGAUUGCCGCCGAGAGGGAGAAAGAAUUGAAGAAAGAGGAAGAAGAGAAAGCACAAACGUCCGCUUCGACCAGCAAAGCAAAAACGGAAGCUCCGCCGAAAACCUUCAGAUCAGGAGUGGGCAAAUACGUCAACAUGGCGGCCACGAAACAUUCACACCCAGACAGUGAAAAACCUUCCACCAGUGAAGCACCUGCCAAGAAACCCAAAGGCAGAACAAGUUUUGGAGACUUCAGUUCCUGGUAAAACCUUGAUGCACAGGAUUCUGGGUUGAUUCUGAGGUAUUGGACAGAUCACAACACUGUGCAGUGUCUGUUUUUUUUCAUCUUAUGUGUUUUUUUUUGUAUUUGAGUGAUGACAGAUAAGAUUUUAAGAUGAUUCGGUUUCAGAGAUUCUUUAAGUUAAAAACAAUUAAUUCACCCUGUAAAUAAAGCUAGUAAUUUUCGGCUAUGUAAUAUGAUGUCAUCUCUCUGGUAAUAAAUGCAUUUUGUUAUAAAAUUAA